CGGAAAAAUAUUAUAGAAAAGUUCAAUAAUUGAGUGCUAUUCUUGCUCUGUAUAAGCACUUUUGCAGGAACAAAUUCUUCCAACAGUGCAGGAGAGAUUAGUGAAGGAGCGCAGUUUGCGCUGCCCAAUUUACAGUAGUGCUGCUCACAGUUACGUAAACAUUUGCUCUGCUGCAUCUCUUUUUCAUCAUUUUGGGUUGGCAAGAAGAUUGGUUUCAUCAUCCCAAGAUAAGAAUGCAAAAUGGGUCACACCAUUAUCCUCAUCUCACAAAUUGGGCAUGUCUCUGUCUUUUGUACGUCUUGUGUAGUGAAGGCUUGAAGGGAUUGCACACUCCAAUUUAAGUAGCCAAAAAGCAAAGCCAUCUAGCACAACAGUACUCAUUCAUUCUCAAUUCUCAUGGCGUACACGAAGUUCUAUCAUGUCCUCUCCUUCUACCUCGCAACCCUAAUAGCCAUAUACGAAUUCCUUCUUUCAGUCUUGCCUUAUAUUUUGAAUCCUGCUUCCAUCCUAAUCGCUUUUGCAGAUGCAUUUUUAGGAGUAUACUUCAGAUUGUGUGGUCUUUCUUCUUGUACUAUUGAAUUAGAUGAACAAACAACCAUGCAUUUUUGGGCUUCCAAUCCUAGAAGAUCUGACAAGCCUGAUCUACUGAUGCUUCACGGGUAUGGUGGCAAUUCCAAGUGGCAAUUCAUGCACCAAGUCGGCUCACUCUCCCGGACUUUUAAUUUGUACGUGCCCGAUUUACUCUUCUUUGGCAAGUCAUACACAAAAAUGUCCGACAGGACGGAGGUGUUCCAAGCAAAAUGUGUAGCGGAAGGGUUGAGGAGACUAGGCGUUGACAGGUUUGGUGUGUACUCUAUAAGCUAUGGAGGGUUUGUGGCAUAUUGGCUGGCGGAGAUGUAUCCGCAGGCGGUGGAGAGGCUUGUGAUUGUGAGCUGUGGGAUAGGGAUGACAGAGGAGCAGAAAAAGGAUCAGCUCAACAAGAUUGGACGCAAUGCAUUGAAGCUCCUUGUACCUGAAAGUGCUCAUGAUCUAAGGGGCUUGGUGAAUCUUUCUGUGCACAAACCCAGUCCUGUUAGGUGGCUACCCGAUGUUUUCAUCCGCGGGUUUAUCCAUGUGACUUAUGAAAGAAACAGGAAGCAGAAACUAGAGAUGGCAGAGCACUUGCUAAGGGAAAAAGCAGACCUAAACCUUCCCAUUCUGACUCAGGAAACACUAAUAAUCUGGGGUGACAAGGAUGCUGUCUUCCCAGUGAACUUGGCCUAUGAGCUGCAAAGGUAUUUGGGACCAAAAUCAAAGGUAGAGAUAAUCAAGGACACAGGUCAUGCAGUGAAUAUGGAUGCACCCAUCUCCCUGAAUGCACUGAUAACAUCUUUUGUUUUGGGUUACUAUCAGUGUGACAGAUUUGAACUAUCAAAGUAGAAAUUCUGUUUUCUGUGCUUUUCAUACAUAGUAACUAUAGAAACUAGAUGUUCCACUUUAUAUAUGUAGUAUCCAUAUUAUUGUA